GGAACAAGGAAAGAAGGAAGGUGGUGCCUGCCUGUGAGAGAAAAAAAAAAAAUUGUGAUUGAAGAUCCCCAGUUGCAAUUUUUUGGCCUCGGCCCUUUUUCCACUUCUUUUCUUUCUUUUCUUGGGCCUCAAAUUUCUCCCCGAGUCCUCGUCCCCUUCGGCAAACUCUCUCCUGCUCGUCUCCUCGUUUCUUUACCUCUGCGACGCUGUGAUACCCUGGAAAAGACCGCCAAAAUGGUUGAGAAGCUCUACGUCACGUACAACGAUGUGCACAAGAUGUGCCAGCAGUCGGCCGACAAGAUCCUCGCGGAUUUUGAGCCACAGCUCAUGAUCGCCAUCGGCGGUGGUGGCUACGUCCCUGCUCGAAUCCUCCGAUCCUUCCUCAAGAAGCCCGGUUCUCCCAACAUCCCCAUCCAGGCCAUCGGCCUGUCUCUCUACGAGUCGCUCGGUAACGACGAGGUUGAGGCUCCUGGUACUAAGGUUACCCGGACUCAGUGGCUCGACCUUACUGCCCUGGGCGAGAUGGAGAACCUUGUCGGCAAGCGAAUCCUCAUCGUUGACGAGGUUGACGACACCCGAACGACUCUCGAGUACGCUGUCAAGGAGCUUGAGAAGGAUGUCGAGAUUGCCCGUCAGCGCAUGGGUGCCGGUGCUCCUGCUCCCAAGACCCAGUUCAGCAUCUUUGUGCUCCACAACAAGGACAAGACCAAGAAGGGCAAGCUCCCCAACGACAUGCUUGAGAAGCGUUACUCGGCUGCCUCGACCGUCGGCGACGUCUGGAUCAACUACCCCUGGGAGGCGACGGACAUUGACGAGCACGACAGGCUCGCUGGCCAGCAGCCCAAGUCUAACUAAGCGGCUUUUUAUGUGGGAUUUCGGAGUUGGGAAUAUGGGCACGUCACUUCACGCGCAUUGAUUGAGCAUGACGAAAGCAUUGUGGAGUAACAAUCCAAAAGAACUAG